GGACGGUGGGGCGUACGGCAGUCGGAGGUGGGGUGCCGCUCACCAAACGUCUGUGUCAGCUCCAACAGUUUGCCCUCACCCGUACCUGUGCGCCUGAUGUAGCAGGUUGUCAUCUCCUCUGCAAUGAAGGAAAGCUGCUCCUGCAUCAUGAUUAUGGACUGAAGGUAAUCCACAAGAGUGAGUCACACUAGGCUGAGUUGGGCUGAUGGUAGCUGGCCAAGGCUCAGCGGCUGUGGGCAUGAUGAGGCGUGGGACCAGCCUGCAGAGCCGGCGCAGUAAGGGGUCAGGAUCGGGUAGCGGAGACCGCGACCCCCUCCUGAGAGGUAGCCCCCAGGCCCCACGCCGCCGAAAUACCAACGAUCUACAGCAGCAUACCAGCCGCCCACGCUCCUCCUCCACCACCGACACCACACCCAGCAGCCCCGCCCCUGGAUACACUGGCGGUGAUGUGGUCCUGUCGUCAGGGUACCAGUCCACGGAGGAGACAGACAGGAUCGACCGGCUGGAGGUCAGUGGACUGGGCCAAACACCCCUGGCUGUGUCUUGUGGGGCAGAUAGUUCAUUCCCAGGGGGUGAGGAUGUCACUCCUGACCCUCAGCGCACCAAACAGGCGAUCGCCCAGCUGCAGCAGAAAAUCCUCAAGCUCACAGAGCAGAUUAAGAUCGAGCAGACAGUCAGGGAUGACAACGUUGCAGAGUACCUCAAACUGGCCAACAAUGCUGACAAACAGCAAAGCACACGCAUCAAACAGGUUUUUGAGAAAAAGAACCAGAAGUCGGCACAGACCAUCCAGCAGCUGCAGAGGAAGCUGGAGCACUACCAUCGGAAACUGCGAGAAGUGGAGCACAACGGUAUCCCACGCCAGCCCAAGGAUGUUCUGCGGGACAUGCAGCAGGGCCUGAAGGAUGUCGGAGCCAAAGUCACAGGCUUCAGUGAAGGUGUUGUGGACAGCGUCAAGGGAGGCCUGUCCAGCUUCUCACAGGCCACCCACUCUGCUGCAGGGGCUGUCGUUUCCAAACCUCGGGAGAUUGCUUCGCUGAUUCGCAACAAAUUCGGCAGCGCUGACAACAUCCCCUCGCUCAAAGACUCUCUGGAUGACCCCUCAGUGGACGAGGGUGUGACAGGGGCUGGUGGACGUUCACUGGGCAGUGCUGGGCAUCACCUCCAGUCCAGUCCUAAGUAUGGUAGCGAGGAUGAUUGCUCUAGUGCUACGUCAGGCUCAGCGGGAGCCAACAGCACCACUGGGGCACCUGGAGGCCCCCCCAGUUCCAAGGGCAACACACUGGAGAGGAGCCAGAGCUCCAGCCUGGACAUGCUGCUGCAGGAGGUGCAGGAGCUGAGGGAGGGUCAGGCACGGCUAGAGGAGAGCCUUGAUGGCUUGAAGAGCCACUAUCAGAGAGACUACACAGUUGUUAUGCAAGCACUACAGGAAGAACGCUUCAGGUGUGAACGUCUGGAGGAGCAGCUGAACGACCUGACAGAACUUCACCAGAAUGAGAUCCUGAACCUAAAACAGGAGCUGGCCAGCAUGGAGGAGAAGAUCGCCUACCAGUCUUAUGAGAGAGCCAGAGACAUCCAGGAAGCAUUAGAGGCCUGUCAGACCAGGAUCUCUAAGAUGGAGCUUCAGCAGCAGCAACAGCAGGUCGUCCAGUUGGAGGGGCUGGAAAAUGCGACAGCCAGGACCCUCCUGGGAAAACUUAUCAAUGUGCUGCUGGCCCUUAUGGCUGUCCUUCUGGUCUUUGUCUCAACUGUGGCCAACUGUGUGGUCCCCCUGAUGAAGACACGCUCGCGCUCACUCUCCACUCUCCUCCUCAUCCUCCUGCUGGCCUUCUUGUGGAGAAACUGGGACGCUCUCUCGGGGUACACGCACCGAGCUCUGCAGCCACCAGGAUGACCAGACCGAAGCCAGCAACGUGUUGCUUUGGUGACGCCAGGUGAUGUAACUGUAGCCAGAGUCGUGCAGGAUGUUUGAAGAACGCGAUUGCCGUUAGGAUGGCUGUGUGGCCGGGCACUGAAAAUUCGGCUGAGCACUUUCGGACACGCCCUGGAAUCAAGAUAAAGUGGAAGAAACAGAGUACAGCUGAGAACACUCAUGAUUUUCAUUUAGGAAGGAUGAGACUGUUUACAUUUUGAAAUGAACUGUUGUGUUGUUAUCCCUCACAGAAUGCAGCAUUGUACUGUUUUUACUGUUCUUUAGAGUUUAAUCAAUUAUAAUGUUAUUAUUUCUAAUAAUAUUA